UUUACGUAAGAUCGGCACCGCCCAUCUGAACGAUCUGUAUGCAUAUAUUAUUGUUUGGUUCUAUAUAGAAGAAGCACUAGAAGUUGAACUACGGGAGCGUCACUGGAAUAAAUACUGUUUGGAAACUGCUUUACUUAGAACAAACUUAAACACUAAAGAAUUAACAUGGAACUUAACUUAUCAUUAUUCCUGCUACUUGCUUCGCUAACACUGAUAUUCGCUCUACCACUAUCAAGUAUAGAAGAAACAGAUAAAAACGAUAACGGCAUACAGUCACAAUUUAGAGACAAUGGUGAAUAUGACGGUUCACUAGAAAAGCGAUUAAGCAGUUUUGUACGAAUCGGAAAAGCUCCCCGAAGCUCGUUCAUGCGAAUAGGUCGCCCGAGCUCCUUUGUCCGUAUUGGAAAAUCAGCCACCGACACAGAAUCAAAUAUGGACGACGAAGAAUUCGGAUCGCCGGAAAAAAGACCUAGCAGUUUUGUAAGGAUAGGAAAGGGUGCCAGCAGCUUCGUAAGAAUUGGAAAAAGUUUGGGUGACGAUGAAAAGCGUAUGUCGAGUUUCGUAAGAAUAGGAAAAGGUUUGCCAAUGGAAGCUGAUAAAAGAAAGAGCAGUUUUGUUCGUAUUGGAAAAUCAGAUCCUGAAAAGCGCGCUUUCGUUCGAAUUGGAAAAAUCCCUUCAUCUGCUUUUGUAAGAAUCGGACGCGUUCCCCUGUACGACGCCCUUUUAGAGAAACCUAAUGGAUUUUUUAGAUUAGGUCGAGUAGGAAAAUCUUCUUUCGUCAGAAUCGGAAAGAGAGACAUCGAAAAAUAAACUGCAUCGGUUAUUUUAACAAGUGCCAGUGCAAUGUACAAAUAUUCAGUUCGGCUCAACAGAGCAAAAAAUACAAAGAGUUCAAACAAAUUUAAUGACAUUUUGGAAAUUUUGGUUUUAAAAAUAUCUUUGGGAACACUGUUUUACGUAUCCGUCCCAGUUUGAAGCCAGUUAAGAUUAUUAGAGACUUAAGGAACUCUUAGAUCAACAAUCGUAUACAUCUUAACAAACCAAUAUGGUGACGUAAACAGAGACAUAAUAUCAGUUGAAGUUUUUUGUCCCCAAUCCCCGCGGUCAUUUGCAACCAAUCUCAUGGACUUAAGCCUUAUUUUGAUCCUGUAAUGAACACUCGAAAAUAUAAAAUGGUUGCACUGCUUCUUGAAGAUAAAGAUUAUAAAUUAACGACUAUAGCAAUUGUUAAUCUCCGCUUUUUUUUACUGGCCGUGGGCUGUUAGCUGGAGAUGUGAGAAAAGUUAUUUCAAAGAUAUUAACUUUUAUCUUUUUAAUGCAAUAAACCAGAACCAUAUGAUGAUAUCAGAGAUACGAAUUUAUUACACAAAAAUUGUGUAUAUAUGAUUCUAAGAACAAUAUAAAAUAACAAAAAAAAACUAUGUUAAAUACCCUGCAACUGAGAUUUUGUUUAAAUUAUGACAGUAUUAAGCUGGAAAUUGUCCCAAUAAAUUGAUAAUAAUGUAAUAUAAGAAACAUCGGCAAAAAUAAAUAAAAAUAUUAUUUGUUGAA